AAAGCAAAUGCCGUUUUUGUAUGCAGUCAAUCGAGCCUAUGCUUUUUCAGAGGACAUUAAACAGUAUGUUGUCUUUUUCAGAAUUCGAUUAUAAUCAUUUUGUUUAGAAAGACAAAAGGAAUACAUUCUCAAGUAUUUGAUAUGAAUCAGUAUGGAGGAAAUGAAGACUAUUUGACUUGCAUGUCCAUUUCUCAAGAGAAUGGUAUUAUAGCUAUGGGUUCGGGCAACAAGGCAGGCAAUCUAUACUUUGUUCAAGACUCGUCUGCUAUUAAAGACGUGGAAUUAGGAUCUAUGAGAUUUAAACCUGUUCAUAAACAAAGUCUGGGUAUGCCCAUUCAUUCACUUGAUUGGUCAAAAAACAGAAUCUUGAUAGGUAGCCGCCAAGGCAUUGUCAAGUUAUGCACUGUCAAUAUACAAGAAGGGUCCUCUUUCCAAGGUUUUAAUUUGGUAGGACAAUAUGUCAAUUCACCAUCCGAGAUUGUACAUUAUGCUCCAUCCUACACAAUCAACACGCAAGUCAAAGCGGUUGAAUUUUGUCCUGUCCAAGACCAAUUCCUAUCAACUACAAUCAAUCAAUUGGCGAUAUGGGAUACAACACAAGAGUCAGCACCUAUACAUCGAUAUUCGUCUUUGCAUCAAGCACCACUAAAUUGUGCUAGUUGGUCGCCCCAUCAAUCGCUCAUUGUGUGUGGUGGCUAUGAUAGAAAGCUAGUCAUUAUCGAUACAAGGACAAGUGACGGGGUGGCAUGGAGUGCAGAUAAAGCGCAUGACCGCCCUAUUCAGGAUGCCAAGUUUAAUCCAUUUAUACCAUAUUGGUUGGCUUCUGCAGGCGAAGACUCCGUUGUCAACAUAUGGGAUAUCCGAGCAACACAACAUUCUCCUGUUGCAAAAGUCGAUGGCAACGUUGGCACAGUUAAUUCAAUUACUUGGUCCAAUGUUCGCCCUGAAAAUAUUGGUACUGCUACUUCUGAUGGCUUCAUGCGUUUUUGGACCCUUUCUCCUGAAAGCUUCCCUAUAUGGGACACACAUUACAGAAUUACCCAUUAUAGCAAUCAAGAUACAUUACCUAUUGUACGUGAAAGGGAUCAAGACAAUAUCUGGUGUAUAAAGGAUCAGAACUACAGAUACGGUGAUACUCGAUCAUGGCGUACAAAUGUUUGGAAAGAGGAUGUUGUUGAUCAGGAUAAAAGAUCAGCUAUACUUUUAGCAGGUGCACUACGCUUAGGUCAAUGGGGAAAACAAGAUUCAGGUCUAAAAUAUAAAGGAGAGGAGUCAGUACAGGCAAGAGGACCUGUUGUUUCAGUUAAAACAUCUGCAUUAAGACCAAGCACGUAUUAUUCUAUUACAAGUGGAGGGCAAUUGACAGCACAUAUGGUGCGAUUUGAUACUGAAAGCAAUUUAAGAAGUAGACACAGGUUUGACCCUGAAGACAAGAACGAAAUUGCUGCCCAAAUAGAAGAUGAUAUUUAUUGCAGACGCAUUACAAAUGCACAAAGCAAACUAGAUUACCUUAAAUCCAUGUCAACCAGCGAUGAACAAGCUGAACAACAGCGUCUCGAAGAAGUGUCGUUUUUAGAAGAUUGUCUUUUAACACGGGAACCGAUUAAGGAAACUGAUUGGCAGUUUGAUAGUAUACCAGAUAUAUCAUCUCGUCGUUUCUCGCAGAGAUCAUGGAAGGAUCAAGACAUAUAUCAAUGUGCUAUUGAUCAAUUCAAAUCUGAUCUUAAAUAUUGGAGCUAUUGCAUUCCACCCGGCUAUAACAGACAAUACAAGUUUCCUUUGGAAUUCAAGGACCCAAUUAUUGCUGCUCAUCUUACUGAAAAAGAAGAACGACCUCCAUUAACAAAGGAUCACUUGAGUUAUGAAUCAUCAGCACUAUCUAUCAAAGAAAGAAGAAACAUGAAUCAUGUCCCAAGUAUUGUAACAAGCGACACACAACCUCUUAAGCAGCGAGAUGUACCUUUUACACCGCCUUAUAGUGGCAUAUCUCAAAAUCCAGAUAUAUUAACGAGCAAAAAUCCCUUCCAAACAUCUUCUCCUGAAAGAGUAACUCCUCCUUUAAAAGAAGAGCCUCGAAAUACCAAUCCUUUUGAGCAAGAACUUCCCCAAGAGCAACAAUCUACAAACCCAUUUGAAUCGACCACUACGUUUGAAAGAAAAGAGAGCCAUAAUUGGAUGUCAUCUUCACAUCAUUUAAGUCUAAGUUUCUCAAGACAUAGUACAAGCGAAGACAGUAUUAAAUCUCACCAUUCAAAAUUCAAUCCAUUUAGAAAGAUCAAGUCGUAUAGAUUAAACAAGGAUGAAGCUGGCGAUGUGCCUAGCUUAAAGAGAGAAUCAUCUUCAGCAAACCGUAGAAAUGCAUUACAUGGCCCUUUUUAAUUUCACCUUUGUAGAACUUUUGAUAUUAAUAAUAAUAAAAUUACCUUUGCU